GCUCCAGUCCUAGUCCAGUUGGAGAAACGGAAAGUUUCCAGUGUCUUGAAGAAGAGGGCCCCGGAGAACUUUCCAUAGGGCCGUGGCCUCAGGCGGACUGCGAACCACGAUAACCAGCAGGGGGCGGCCCAGUGUUCUUAGAACCCGGGUCCCACGAGCUUGUGAACAGGGCACGGGUGAAAACCCGGAUCCAGGUAACUCCGCCGGAACGCGCGCCGAGCUCGCCCGCGCGGCUGCCUCCGCCGCUCCUGAUCGGCUCUCCGGGUCUUCCCGGGGCCCAGGCUGGGGCUCUUAGGGAGAAAGGAAGCGGCCCUGCAGUCCGCUGGGUGAACCCUGCUCCGCGCGAGAAUUUUUUGAUGCCUUCUUAUUUGGAUAAAUCUCCAGCUGCUCUGGUGAUAGCCUAAGAAGACUGCAUGCUGCUUCCUUUUGAUGCCAAGCCAGGCCCUCUCGCAACCUCGGAUCUCAGUCCUUCAUGGAGACCAGGUCCCAGCAGGAAUGGCAGUGCAGGAAAUUGGCGCCCAGAUGGUUCUUCCAUGUGAAGUUGUCUCGGGCUCUGGGCUGACGAGAGAACACCUGGUAACCAGGUUAGCCCUCUGUCAGUCACCUAGGGCAGGGCAGCAUGGUGCGGAUUCAGAGGAGGAAGCUUUUGGCAUCUUGCCUGUGCAUCACAGCCACCGUCUUUCUGCUCGUCACACUCCAGGUCAUGGUUGAGCUGGGGAAGUUUGAAAGGAAGGAGUUUAAAAGUUCUAGUUUGCAAGAUGGACAUACAAAAAUGGAGGAAGCACCUACGCACCUUAAUUCAUUUCUUAAGAAAGAAGGAUUAACUUUCCACAGGAAAAGAAAAUGGGAAUUGGACAGCUACCCCAUUAUGCUCUGGUGGUCCCCGCUGACGGGGGAAUCUGGGAGGUUAGGCCAAUGUGGAGCAGAUGCUUGUUUCUUCACCAUCAACCGGACCUACCUGCGUCAUCACAUGACCAAAGCAUUCCUCUUCUAUGGUACUGACUUUAACAUAGACAGCUUACCUCUGCCUCGGAAAGCUCAUCAUGGCUGGGCUCUUUUUCAUGAAGAGUCCCCAAAAAACAAUUAUAAGCUCUUUCAUAAACCGGUGAUCACCUUGUUCAACUACACUGCCACGUUCAGCAGGCAUUCCCACUUGCCACUAACUACCCAAUACUUGGAGAGCAUUGAAGUCCUGAAGUCACUCCGAUACCUAGUUCCUUUGCAGUCCAAAAACAAGCUUAGAAAAAGACUUGCUCCGCUGGUCUAUGUACAGUCAGACUGUGACCCACCAUCAGACAGGGACAGCUAUGUUCGCGAGCUCAUGGCUUACAUCGAGGUUGAUUCCUAUGGUGAAUGUUUACGCAACAAAGACCUCCCUCAGCAGCUGAAAAAUCCAGCCUCUAUGGAUGCCGAUGACUUUUAUAGGAUCAUUGCACAGUAUAAGUUUAUCCUAGCUUUUGAGAAUGCGGUUUGUGAUGACUACAUCACUGAGAAGUUCUGGAGGCCACUGAAACUGGGGGUAGUCCCUGUAUAUUACGGAUCCCCCAGCAUCACAGACUGGCUUCCAAGUAACAAAAGUGCUAUUCUUGUAUCAGAAUUUUCUCACCCCAGGGAACUGGCAAGUUACAUCAGACGACUGGAUUCUGAUGACAGAUUGUAUGAGGCCUAUGUAGAAUGGAAGCUGAAGGGUGAGAUCUCCAACCAGCGACUUCUGACGGCUCUCAGGGAACGGAAAUGGGGAGUGCAAGAUGUCAACCAGGACAAUUACAUCGAUGCAUUUGAGUGUAUGGUGUGCACCAAGGUGUGGGAUAAUAUCAGGCUUCAGGAAAAGGGCUUACCACCCAAAAGAUGGAAGGCAGAAGAUACCCACCUGAGUUGCCCAAAGCCCACAGUGUUUGCUUUCUCACCACUCCGGGCUCCACCUUUGAGAUCUUUGCGAGAGAUGUGGAUAUCCAGCUUUGAACAAUCCAAGAAAGAAGCACAGGCACUAAGGUGGCUGGUUGAUAGGAAUCAAAACUUUUCAUCUCAAGAGUUUUGGGGCCUAGUAUUCAAGGACUGAUUUCAAAAGUGAUCAGAAUGAAACAGACUAGAGCCUUCUUGAGGUUUAUUUUCUAGGUUGCCUUAAUAUUAGCUAUUUGAACGUAAUAGCUAUUCCGUUGACUAUCCAGCAGGAUAAUAAUUAGUUGCUGCAGUACUCAUAAUGAGCCCUUUCAAAGAGUAGAUGUAAAUUACCCUUAGGGGUUGCCUCUAUAUUUUUUAUACUAAAAAAGGAAAUAUUUCUUAUGAACACUGGUUAUCUUCCAUGUCCAUGUCUGUGGACCCACAUACUUACUGCCUUUUGUGGAAAUUCACCUGAAGUGAGCACUUUCCUUGUGCAGUGGAGGGAGACAAUCUAGCUGUAGAUUCUUGAUACUCACCUCACUCUCAACAGCUUAUUGGUAUUUGGCAAACCCGGUGUCCUGCAGCUGAGCAUGAACAUGAAAUACAUUAGAACUUGGAAAUGAGAGAUCCCAUCUGUUGGUUUCCAGGGAUGUAAGUGAGUAAUAAAAGCUGUUUCAAGUUUA